AUGUUAGAGAAGUUGGUUAUGCAAUACGCAAGUGGAGGAGAUUUAUUACGUCAAUAUCUUCAAGAUAAUUUUGUUGAAAUUGAUUGUAAAAAAUUUUAUGGUAUAAUACCCAUAACACCAGAAAUAUUAUCAAAUAUUGGUCAACAAUCUUUUGUUCAUUUUUCUCAUGAUGAAAAUUUAAUAAUAGAAAUUAUUAAUGGUUUACGUCCUGAAAUUAUUAAAGGAACUCCAAAAUCUUAUUUAGAUUUAAUGAUAAAAUUAGCUGAAAUUGAAAGAAUAGAAUUGGUUAAAAGUAAUGAUUGGAUUCUUUUUAAUAGUAAUUAUAAAAAUCCUGAAGCUUUUUAUUUUAGUAGAGAUUUAAAUUUCUGAAAAUUUAUUUAUAGUAAAGAUAAUACGGUAUCUGGUAUAUAUAUUUUAUAAUUU